CAAAAACCCCGUAAAGACUAUAACGUAAAGACCAAACCAAAAGUGUUUGCAUUGCAAUCCAACUGUUCUGUAAAUUCUCUCUCUAGUUUUUUUUUUUUUUCUUGACUUUCUACGUUAAAAUCUUAUUCAACCGUUUAACAAAAACCUUUCAUGAAAUUCUUCUUCAUUUUCUUUUCCUUUCUGUACCAAUAUACUAUUUAUUUUUUUGCUAAAGAAAUAAAUAUGUUAUUUUGUUUGGGUAUGUAAUGUAAGAUAUUUAAAUUGGUACGUUUCGAAACCAUUAAUAAAAGCUUUCACAAAUCUCACCGGUUUCGAACCUAACACACACAUAUGUAUAUUACAUAUAUAUUUAUACAAUACACACUCUGUUUCUCAUACAACUCAUACCCUCUUCAAUAUCUUGUAUUUAAUAUAUUUUUAAAAUAAAACCUUACAUAUGAUAUAUGCUAACAUUAAUCUUUAUUGGAUUGGAUAAGACUCUCUCUCUCUCUCCCUCUCUAUGUAAGUUUUCUCUGACACCCCUUCUCAGAAAUUUCUCUCUGUUCUUUUUUUUUUCUCGUUGUAAUCUGUCCAUUUCUUUUCCGAGAAAGUUAUAUGAGAAAAUGGGCACUUGGAAUUUUCUGGGUUAUUGGGAAUGAGUUAGCUUUCGCGAUGGUCUACCUGCUUCCUCUCUUUAUUCUAUAAACAUUUUCUUGUGUUUUCUUAGAAGCCAAACACUAUUCUGUACUUUGUCUAUUGUUGUUUGAUUUUUUGUUUUUUAUAUAAUCAUUUUGCACAGAGAUUCUUUUCUUGCUGUUCUGACAUAAGUAGUCCUAGAAGCUUUGUCUAGCUGAAUCAGUGAUCCCAGAUUCCCAUAUUUCAGAAUUUGGAUUAAGCUGAUAUAGAAUCGAUUCUUCUAUCAAGAAUUUAAAAUCUGCUCAAAAGAUGGAGGCUUGUGGAUUUUUGUUUUUGUAAUUGUUUAGUUUUAAAGGAAUACAAAGACUUUCUUAUUUUAUUUAAUUUAAUUUAUGGACACAAGUCAAAUAAACUAUAUUUGGCCUAAUUUGAGAAUAUGGUUUAUCCUUAUUGGCUAUCUGUAUUCAUGACUUACAAGCCAGAUAAGGUGUGGUGAUAUAAAGUUUUUUUUUUCUUUGUUUGGAACUAAAUUAUGUAAAAUAAUGCAUGAGAAAAUUGUGUUUUUUCUGAAUUCCUUACAGAUCAACUGUCUCUAUCAAUUUUGCCUUUGGUUCUUAAUCUGUGAGAAAACUAGAAUAUUCUCAGUGGAGCUUCCAUCUUAAAAGAUAAAGAGAAUUUUUUUAAGUAUUAGGAGCAAAGUUUCUUACCUUCCUCCAAGCUUAAUCAAAAAGUUUUUGAAACUACACUUUUGCUUAGCACUUACAAGAAGCAUUCACAUUACCAAGAAGAGAACUCAUAAGAAGAGAUUAUAUUUGCAAUAAUGUUUUCGAGAUCUUGCAUUAGUUUGUUGGAAUUGGCCUCAGGGGACAUGUUGAAUUUUCCACCAACUCCUAGAAAUCUUCCGAGACUGAUGACUACCGUUCGAGGAAUUAUGCCCGAGAUAGAAGGCAGUGGAGGAUUACAGUCUCCUCCUCCUCCUGAUUGCUGCGAAAAGAUAAUAGUUGUGGCUAAUUUUCUGCCUAUAAAUGCUCAGAAAGAUGUGAAUUCAGGAAAGUGGUGCUUUAGUCUUGAUGAGGAUUCACUCUCAUUACAACUUACAGAUGGUUUCCCACCUGGUACAAAGGUUGUUUUUGUAGGAUCUCUCAAAGUUGAAAUCGAUAUUAGCGAACAAGAAGUUGUUUCUCAGAAACUUCUUGAGGAGUUUAAUUGUGCUCCUACUUUCCUUCCUUCUGAUAUUCAGAAGAAAUAUUACCAUGGUUUUUGUAAGCAAUAUUUGUGGCCUCUUUUUCAUUACAUGAUGCCAAUGUGCCUAGACCAUGGUAAUCGUUUUGAUCGCAAGCUUUGGCAGGCCUAUGUUUGUGCUAAUAAGAUGUUUGCAGAUAAGGUUAUGGAGGUGAUUAAUCCAGAAGAGGACUAUGUAUGGGUUCAUGACUACCAUCUUAUGAUCCUACCUACAUUUUUGCGAAAGCAUUUUGCUCGGGUGAAGCUUGGUUUUUUCCUUCAUAGUCCAUUCCCCUCUUCAGAAAUCUACAGAUCACUUCCUGUUAGAGAUGAAAUUCUUAGAGCACUACUAAAUGCAGAUUUGGUUGGUUUCCACACGUUUGAUUAUGCUCGCCACUUCUUGUCCUGUUGUAGUAGAAUGCUUGGUUUGGAGUAUGAAUCCAAGAGGGGAUACAUUGGAGUUGACUAUUUUGGCCGGCGAGUUAACAUUAAAAUUCAGCCUGUGGGGAUUCAUUUGGGAUGGCUUCAAUCCGCACUUAAUCAUCCGUUGUCUUCCACAAAGGCUGAACAGAUUCAACAACAAUUCAAGGGAAAGAAGUUGAUUCUGGGUGUUGAUGAUAUGGACAUUUUUAAAGGCAUUAGUUUAAAGUUCUUGGCAAUGGAGAAACUUUUGUUGCAGCGUCCGGAGUUGCUUGGAAAAAUAGUCUUGGUUCAAAUUUUGAAUCCUGCAAGGAGCACAGGGAAGGAUGUUCAAGAAGCUAAAAGGGAGACAUAUGUGACUGCUACAAGAAUAAAUGAGGCUUUUGGUUUUCCAGGCUAUGAACCAAUUACUUUGAUAGACCGCGAUGUUCCUCUAUAUGAAAAAACUGCCUAUUAUUCUUUAGCAGAGUGCUGCAUUGUGAAUGCUGUUAGGGACGGUAUGAAUUUAAUGCCAUACAAGUAUACAAUAUGCAGGCAAGGAACUCCGAAAAUGGAUGAAGCUCUAAGUCUUUCCUCUGAUUCCCCUCGAACUAGUACGCUCGUUGUUUCAGAGUUCAUUGGUUGUUCGCCAUCUUUAAGUGGAGCAAUAAGGGUGAAUCCAUGGGAUGUGGAGGCGGUAGCUGAUGCACUUAAUGUGGCCAUCACAAUGCCUGAUGUAGAGAAGCAUUUGCGGCAUGAGAAGCACUACAAAUACAUCAGCUCCCACGACGUGGCUUAUUGGUCUCGUAGCUUUUUUCAGGAUUUGGAAAGAGCUUGCAAAGAUCACUACAGUAAACGAUGUUGGGGAAUUGGUUUCGGUCUAAACUUCAGAAUUCUGUCUCUUUCACCAAGUUUUAGGAAGCUUUCGAUUGACCAUAUUCUCUCAUCGUACAGGAAGACUAGUAGAAGAGCAAUAUUUUUAGAUUAUGAUGGAACAGUAGUGCCUCAAACUUCCAUCUCCAAGCCUCCAAGUCCUGAAGUCAUUUCUGUUUUGAACAAUCUUUGCAGUGACCCGAAGAACAUUGUGUUUAUGGUUAGUGGCAGAGGGAAGAAAUCUCUUGGCGAAUGGUUCUCUCAAUGUGAGAAUCUUGGUAUUGCAGCUGAGCAUGGAUACUUCAUAAGAUGGAGUAGAAAAUCCGAUUGGGAAACCGCCCCCUUAGCUGCAGAUGUUGAAUGGAAACAAAUUGCAGAACCUGUGAUGAAAUUAUAUACAGAAGCAACCGAUGGAUCUUAUAUAGAGACCAAGGAGAGUGCCUUGGUAUGGCACCAUCAAGAUGCUGAUCCUUAUUUUGGAUCUUGCCAGGCUAUGGAAUUGUUGGAUCAUCUCGAAAAUGUCCUUGCAAACGAACCUGUAGUAGUUAAGAGGGGACAGCAGAUAGUUGAAGUAAAGCCACAGGGAAUUACUAAAGGACUUGUUGCAGACAAAGUCCUUUCUAUGAUGAUCAAUGAAGGGAAGCUAGUAGAUUUUGUGAUGUGCAUUGGAGAUGACAGAUCUGACGAGGACAUGUUCGAAAGCAUAUCAAGCAUAGCUUCUAACUCAUGUCUCCCUACAGUUCCCGAGGUAUUCGCCUGCACUGUUGGCCAAAAACCAAGCAAAGCUAAGUACUAUCUAGACGAUUCUGUAGAUGUCAUGGCACUGAUUGGAGGCCUAGCUGCUUCAAGUCUUAAAUCAAGGUCGAAUACAGCUAUUCAAGUUUCUCUAGAAAAUGUUGUUUAAGAAGAAAGCAGUGGCUCUUGUACAGCAGCCUUUACAACUACAACAUGGAUUAAAACAGUUUUAUAAUUGGCGAGAAUUGGUUGUGUGAUUCGGUGUUUCAUCGAAAAAGGACGACAGUACAAGGAAGUGUACUACGGUGUUUGGUUUGUGUCAAUAGUGACUUACAAAUACUUGAAUCUUCGAUAGUGUGAGCACCAUAUAGAUCAGUAAGUGCACAUUUUUAACUUUGUAGUUUUCAGCAGAGGGCUCAGAUUUUAUUAUAGUUAGUGUUUAGAGAUAACAAGAGCAUCAUUAGUUUGUAAAUGGGGUGUCUGUAUGUAUGCUCUUUAUAUGAAAUACGAUUCUUUUCUUCUUGAAAAUGACAGUUAUUCUUUUAGUGAAAAUGGCUCAAAACUACAAUUUUUCUUA